GUCCAGAAGAUAUGAUUCCGGUCUAGAAUUAUUCUUCUGAAGCACAAAAUGCUAGGGAGCAUCGUUGAUUACGCCAAAAAUUUUACAGGGUUGAUAGCCUUACUCAGCUUGAUCCUUACUCGGUACAUAGAUUUUACAACAUUCAGCCCGUUAAUAUUACGGCCGUUGUUAAAUUUAGCAUGGGCAUUUAUAUUUGGAACUCAUUUGUGGUAUUUAUUUUUCGCUGGAGAAGACAUUUUCCUUCCAGAUAGAGAAGAAGGAUUUUACUUUGCGAAGAAAAGAGAAGUACCUUUCACGGAAAUAUCGGAGGAGUGUAAUAAGUUUCUUACAUUAACACUGCUUUGCAACGCUAUAAUAGUGGUGACCACUCGUGGUUUAGCUCCUUUUUAUUUUAGCGUACAGUAUUGUAGUGUUGUAUCUCUGCUAUCAACGUUUAUCAAUGUAUUCUUUGUGCCCAAGGUGACAGAAGCUUACACUCAAGGCUUUCCAUUUAGCCAUGUAGCUCCAUCUACAUGUUCAAGAUUACUGGCAUGUCUCACAUGUGGACCUCUUGUCAUAUAUAUGCUGCUAUAAAUCGCAACUGAACACUGUUAUUUU